CUUACUUUGAUCUCAAAUUAACCUAUAGUAUGUACGUACAGAAGAGAACCCAGGGUUGCAACAACAGCAAAGAUUGUGCACGGUUUUAUGGAUGAGUUUCCUCCCUUGCAAACAGCGAUCCGCGUCGACAUGGGAGGCACGUGGCCAACUCCAGCUUUUUUAGCAGGUGUAACGUGACCUUCAAAACUCCUCAGGACAGGCAGCUCCCCAGUGGGGCCGCAUCUCCCCUCAGACUCAGGUGGACAGGGUUUCCGGGGCUGCCCGGUUGACUACGGCUCGCGGUUCUGAGGCCAGAGUCGGCAAAAAGAAUACAAAAACACGGGCAAAAAAACAAACCACAAAACCUCAUGCCUUCCCACAGUGGGCUGAUGAGUGAAGUCGCAGAAAGAAGGUUCUGCUCUUGCCCUUUUAAAAUUCCGGUGCAGCAGACACUCGCGCGGGCAUAGACACACACACACACACACACACACACACACACACACACACACACACACACAGUCGGUCGGCUCUCCCCACUCCCGGCACCGCACCGGCGUCCCUCCCCAAGUCCUGAUUCAUGAACCGUGCCACCUUUGUCUCGUUUUAAACUGUGCAGACUAUUUUAAUCCUGCCACCCCCACGGCAGACUCCCGCCUCCCUCCAUCCUCUGGGAAGCUCCGCUGUAAGGCGCUGGCUGGUGGGAGCGCGCUUCUCCCCGUCGGCUCGGGUGGGCGAGAUCCCGGGAAGCCCUCGGCGGGACCUCCGCCUGCGGGGCGCUGCCCGACGCCGCUGCGGCGCGGGGCACGCGCUUCGGUCCCUUUAAGGUGUCGCGCUCCCCGAAGUGCGGGCAGGGAGCCGCGAGCCGGCGCGGUCCCGAAGCCGGGGGGACGUCCUGCCGCCCUCCCCUCCCCUCCCCCGCGGCCGAGUCUCCGGGGGCCUGCGGGUCCUCCGCCCACCGCGGGCUGGCCAGCGGCUGGGAAGCAUGUCCUCCUACGCCAAGAACGGGACCGCGGACGGGCCGCCCUCGCCCACCUCGCAGGUGGCCCGAGGCACCACGACCCGGAGGAGCAGGUUGAAAAGAUCCGAUGGCAGCACCACUUCGACCAGCUUCAUCCUCAGACAGGGUUCCGCGGAUUCCUACACGAGCAGGCCCUCGGACUCCGAUGUCUCCUUGGAAGAGGACAGGGAAGCGAUCCGGCAGGAGAGAGAGCAGCAGGCGGCCAUCCAGCUGGAGAGAGCAAAGUCCAAGCCUGUAGCCUUUGCUGUGAAGACGAACGUGAGCUACUGUGGCGCCCUGGACGAGGAUGUGCCUGUCCCAAGCACGGCCAUCUCCUUCGACGCCAAGGACUUUCUGCACAUUAAAGAGAAGUAUAACAAUGACUGGUGGAUAGGAAGGCUGGUGAAGGAGGGCUGUGAGAUUGGCUUCAUCCCAAGUCCACUCAGAUUGGAGAACAUCCGCAUUCAGCAAGAACAAAAAAGAGGACGUUUUCACGGAGGGAAGUCCAGUGGAAAUUCUUCUUCAAGUCUUGGAGAAAUGGUAUCAGGGACAUUUCGAGCAACACCCACAUCAGCAGCCAAACAGAAGCAAAAAGUGACGGAGCACAUUCCUCCCUACGAUGUUGUGCCAUCCAUGCGUCCGGUGGUGUUAGUGGGGCCGUCACUGAAGGGUUAUGAGGUAACAGACAUGAUGCAGAAAGCCCUCUUUGAUUUCCUGAAGCACAGGUUUGAUGGGAGGAUAUCAAUAACGAGAGUGACAGCUGACAUUUCUCUUGCUAAGAGGUCUGUCCUAAAUAAUCCCAGCAAGAGAGCAAUAAUUGAACGUUCGAACACUCGGUCCAGCCUAGCGGAAGUACAAAGUGAAAUUGAAAGAAUCUUUGAGUUGGCAAGAUCUUUGCAACUGGUUGUUCUUGAUGCAGACACCAUCAAUCACCCAGCACAACUUAUAAAGACGUCUUUAGCACCAAUUAUUGUUCAUGUAAAAGUCUCAUCUCCCAAGGUUUUACAGAGGUUGAUUAAAUCUAGAGGAAAGUCCCAAAGUAAACACUUAAAUGUGCAACUGGUGGCAGCUGAUAAACUUGCACAGUGCCCUCCAGAAAUGUUUGACGUUAUACUGGAUGAAAACCAGCUGGAGGAUGCGUGUGAACACCUGGGCGAGUACCUGGAGGCAUAUUGGCGUGCUACCCACACAACCAGUAGCACUCCUAUGACCCCGCUGCUUGGAAGGAAUUUGGGCUCCACAGCUCUCUCACCAUAUCCCACAGCAAUUUCUGGGUUACAGAGUCAGCGUGUGAGGCACAGCAACCAUUCCACAGAGAACUCUCCAAUUGAAAGACGAAGUCUAAUGACCUCUGAUGAAAAUUAUCACAAUGAAAGGGCUCGGAAGAGCAGGAACCGCUUGUCUUCCAGUUCCCAGCACAGCCGAGAUCAUUAUCCUCUCGUGGAAGAAGAUUACCCUGACUCAUACCAGGACAGUUACAAACCCCACAGGAACCGAGGAUCACCUGGGGGCUAUAGCCAUGACUCCCGACAUAGGCUUUGAGUCUGCAAGAAGCAAACAAACAAACAAAAAUUCAUCUGUUGACAAUUUGCCAUAGCACUGCUAGGAUAAACCAAUCAUCUUAACUUGGCAAGUAUAGCACAGUAUUUACUGUGUUUAUGGGCUGCUGUCAUUUGAUGCCAAAUAAGGGGCAAAAAAAAAAAAAAGAAAAGAAAAAAAA